GUUUUGUUGUUUUGUUAUUGACAGUUUUUGUUUGUUUACGUUUAGUAUUUUGCGUCUGAAAAUUUAUUUAUUUUAAGGAUUGAAUAUUGAGUUAUUCAAUUAUAGAUUAAGAAUGUGUGGUCGUGGAGACAGAAACGGAAAAAGGCCUAAAAAAUAUUUUGGUGAAGAUGGGUUCGAGCAAUGGGGUGGGUAUAUGGCAGCAAAAAGAGCCAAACUCCUUGACCAAUUCCACAGUGAAAACAUAGAAAAACUAUCAGAUAUCUUCGCAGGGGUGAGAAUCAUGGUCAAUGGAUUUACAAAGCCCCCCGCAGAUGAGUUGAAAAAACUGAUGGCUGCACACGGAGGUGAAUAUCACAUGUACCAAGUAUCUAAUACCACCCAUAUAAUUGCUUCGAAUUUGCCUAAUGUUAAGAUAAAGCAACUAGGACCCGUUCCAAUAGUGAAGCCAUCCUGGAUAACUGAUAGCAUAUCCAUAAACAAGCUUCUUGACUAUAGAAGAUAUUUAUUAUACACGAACCAAUCGCGUUUGCAACCCGCCUUAAAUUUCCCUGUAGUAGAAAAACCUUCGAAUAAAGCUGAGCAAAAUACAGGCGAAACUUCUGACGUCAAUAUUUUUAAAAGUGAUGAUGAAGAAGAACCAAGUAUAUCAAAGCAGCCCGCAAGAGCAACAAAGACGGCCUCAGAUCCCAACUUUUUAGAAGAGUUUUAUAGUAACUCCAGGCUGCACCUUAUAUCAACUUUAGGAGCUGAAUUUAAGCAGCUGGUAGGGCAACUGAGGGAGAAAUCCGACGGGAGGUUCCCUGGCAAAGAGAAACUUAUAGCAGAAAGAGACACAUCCAAUCACCGCCACGAGCUCCACGUCUCAUCAAUCAUCAUGCACAUCGACAUGGACUGUUUCUUCGCUUCAGUGGGCCUGCGUAAUCAUCCAGAACUUAAGGGUAAACCUGUAGCUAUAACUCAUGCAAAAAGUGGAGUUAUACAAUCCAGCGAUCCUGCUAAGCAAGCCAUCCGAGAUCAGGAGUUUGCUAUGUAUGAACAAAGGUUACCUGAUGGUGUGUCUUCUAGAGUAGUCGAUAUAAAAGAAAAAAUAGACGGAUUGGCUUCUAUGUCAGAAAUCGCGAGUUGUACCUACGAGGCCCGCCAAUUCGGUAUUAAAAAUGGCAUGUUUUUAGGGCAAGCGGUCAAACUGUGUCCCGAACUUAAAACUUUACCGUACGAUUUUGAAGGUUACAAAGAGGUUUCAAAUAUUUUAUAUAACACGGUGGCGUCCUACACUUUGGAUAUAGAGGCGGUUAGUUGUGACGAAAUGUACGUCGAUGUGAGGCAAAUUUUGGUGGAUGCUGGUAUGAGCGUUGAAGAGUGGGCUUGUCAUAUUAGGGAGGAGAUUAUGGCUAAAACUGGAUGCCCUUGUUCAACAGGUUUUGGAGCCAACAGACUCCAAGCCCGUCUAGCAACCAGAAAAGCCAAACCCGCCGGUCAAUACUACCUAAAACCCGAAGAAGUCGAGGAUUACAUGGCCGAUAUACCUUUGCCAGACUUGCCCGGGGUAGGCAAGGCCACUCUGGCAAAACUGAAACAUUUGGGCUACAAUACUUGUGGAGAUUUACAGAAUGGUUCUUUAAAACUGCUCCAAGCCGAGUUAGGCACAAAACUAGGGGAACGUAUCUGGGAUCAGGCCCACGGGAACGAUAACAAACCACUGGAUUAUAACCACGAAAGGAAAUCCGUGUCCGCCGAAAUAAAUUACGGGAUACGGUUCAAGACCAAAGAGGAGUGCUACAACUUUUUAAGAAGUUUGGCCAAUGAAGUUUACAGUAGACUCUCGGAUAUUAAUAUGAAGGCGCGAGGACUCACUUUGAAGUUACUGGUUAGGGCACAAGGAGCACCAGUGGAGACAGCAAAGUUUUUAGGUCACGGAGUGUGCGACGCCAUAACAAAAAGUAGCACUUCCACCCUCGUUUACUCCAACGCGGAUAUCAUUUUCAAAGAAGCGAAAUCCAUUUAUGAUAAAUUAAAUGUGUCGUAUGCUGAGCUGAGGGGGGUGGGCAUUCAGCUGACUAAACUGGAGAAAAUCGCCCAAAUAAAUAAGGCCCUGAGCAACUUCUUAAAGCAGGGUUGCGUAAAGAAAAACGAGAAUCCCGAACCGAAGGUUUCAGUGGAAACACCUGCUAAACAGCCUGUUUUAAGCCCUGCAAAAUCUGUUGUAAAGGGGCAAAGCGCCCGGGGAAAGGGCAAAGGAUCAAGAGGCAAAAGAGGUGGCAAGGGUAAGGCUCUACCACAGUCCAGGACAAUUCAGACUUACUUGGAUUUUCAAACGGUCAAAAAUAAUAGUGACAAUAUGACUGGAGUGACUAAAAAGGAGUCGGGCUUAAAACCUAAAAUUGAUAUGACCGUCUUAAACGAAUUGCCUGCGGAUAUCAGGGCGGAAAUAUUAAAGGAGUAUGGACUGGAGGAGGAUCUUCAAAUACCUUCCACGUCGGCAGUGGUACAAGAUGCUCAUACAUAUGAUGAAAUACGUGUUGAAGUUGAACCAGAAGGUCAAGAAACCCUUGUUGCACCAUCGCCACCACAAACCCAUUCCCCAUUCGACAACCAAACCUGGGAACAAAUCAAAGAGAGCAUAAAAUCCUGGAUAAAGCUGGAAUCUGAACCUUCUUUGGUGGACGUCGAAAUGCUCGCGGACCAUUUGAGGCUAAUGGCUCUGGAUAGGCGCAUUGAAAUAUUGCAGAGUGGCUUUAAUUUCUUGCACAGAACUUUUACUGCUUUAAGUUGUGCCUGGCAUAGAGCGUACUUUAUUUUAGUAAAUGCGGUGCAGCAAGGCAUGGUGGCGCGAUACGGAAAAGUCCUCUAUCUUAAAACAAACUUUACAUGUUGUGAGAUUAAUGAUUAUUAGUGGUUAUUUGUUACAGGUGCUGCGUAGAUAAGCUGUUCCAUGGCGCACCAGGAGAAAAAAGGUCCAGAGGUGUCAAAUUAUACGACCUUGCUGGCCAAGGGACUGG